AUGACGUCUUCUUCAGAUUCCGGUGUACUCUUGGCUACUGCACAGGUGAAAAUCCGAGAUGCCUAUGGAAUAGGAGAGAGUUCGAUACCAUCCUCAUCCAGUGUUAUAUGCACUGUUUGUCCUAGGUCUGCCCUCAGUCCAUCAUUUACAUUUGAUGCAAUUGUUAUGAACAAGAUUUGUUCUCACCUGCCGAGUUCGAGAGUGUCCUUUUCGUCACCUUCAAUAUCCACUUUGGACUUGGCUGAUCCCAACUUUGACACUCCAGGUAAUAUCGAUCUUUUGUUGGGCGCCGAGGUAUUUCCUUCAUUACUUCUCGGUGGUCGUGUUGUUGGGGAGAAAGGAGAGCCUUCUGCCCUUCAAACAGUUUUUGGUUGGGUGUUGAUGGGUCGAACGAUAAUUCCAAACCAAGGUGUCAGUUCACUACAUAUUUCUGUUGAUUCUUCGCUGAAUUCUACUCUGAAAUCCUUCUGGGAGGUAGAAGAACUUCCAAAUUCUGAAUGUAAAUCGCCAGAGGAGAUUUUAUGCGAAGAAAUCUUCAGCAGAGAUGUCAGCAGAUCUGCGUCUGGACGAUAUAGUGUUUCUCUGCCUUUUAAAGUUACCCCACCUAUAUCAUUUGGAGAUACGUACUCCACUGCCUCACGUCGCUUUCUUUCUUUAGAGCGUCGACUUCGCACGAAUCCCACCCUUCGGGAUGAUUACAGCAAAUUUAUGCAGGAUUAUCUGGAUUCGGGUCAUAUGACAAUAGUAGAUUUGGCUUCAUCAUUGAAUGAUUCUUAUUUCAUUCCCCAUCAUUGUGUUGUGAAGCCGGAUAGUUCUUCUACGAAACUGAGAGUCGUCUUUGAUGCUUCAGCCAAGGUUAUGGAUAAUCCUUCUUUAAACGACUGCCUUCUUACAGGACCGAAGCUACAAGCUGAUAUCGUGACCAUCCUCCUGCGCUUUCGCACUCAUAAGUAUGUUUUCACAGCCGACAUUCGACAAAUGUACCGUCAGAUCUUGGUUGACCCUGUUCACCGUAAGUAUCAGCGGAUUCUUUGGCGGUUCAGUCCAUCGGAUCCGAUUAAAUGCUAUGAACUCAACACGGUCACGUAUGGAGUUUCGUCGGCGCCUUUUCUGGCCCUUCGAACAUUGCAUAAAUUAGCAGAUGAUGAAGAAACAUCUUUUUCCCUGGCAGCUAGAAUCCUUCGUGAUGACGUAUAUGUAGAUGACGUCGUGUCGGGAUCUGAUGAUCUCCAAGGUUCCAUCAGCCUCAGGGAUGAUCUGAUUGCUCUAUUGGGUAGGGGUGGAUUCGAGUUGAGAAAGUGGUCAAGUAAUAAUCCAUGUAUUCUUGAAGGUAUUCCAGAUGACCAUCAGUUGUCACAAUCCUUUUCCUUCGAUGAGGGCGAUUUCGUCAAAAUUCUGGGUUUGAGAUGGAUUCUUUCACAACUUGCACGCAUCUAUGAUCCAUUGGGUUUUCUAACACCCUUCACAUUUCUUAUGAAAUAUUUUAUUCAGCUGCUCUGGGUUCAGGGAUUGCAGUGGGAUCAGGUUCCUUCAUCGGAAUUUGUCGAUCAUUGGAGUCAGUGCAGGUCCGAAUUGUCUGAUCUGCAGGAGUUACAAAUUUCGCGACGUCUAAGUCUUAGUUCAAGGGUGAGAUGUGAACUACACGGAUUUGGUGAUGCAAGCGAGAGAGGAUAUGCUGCAGUGGCCUACUUCCGAUUUUCAAACACUGCAGGAGAGGUCUCGAUUUCUUUCAUUUGCGCCAAGUCUAAGGUUGCUCCAGUUAGGCGAAUUUCACUUCCUCGUUUAGAGUUAUGUGCCUCUUUAUUACUAGCCAAAUUAAUUUCUUUCAUCAAAUCCACUUAUUCAUCUAUUGAAAUAGAUGAUAUAUACGCUUGGUCAGAUUCUAAAGUUGCUCUAGCGUGGAUUAAAUCUUCUCCUCAUAAAUGGAAAUCCUUUGUCAGCAAUAGAACGACAAAAAUUCAGGAUUUGGUACCGCCGGAACGUUGGUUUCAUGUGAGGUCUGAAGACAAUCCUGCUGAUUUUGGAUCUAGGGGACUCACGCCAUCAAAACUGGUGAGAUGCACCAUGUGGUGGUCGGGACCAAGUUGGUUGUCCUCACCAGCUCCAUUCAACUUGGAGGUGGAGUUUUCAGGUUCUGAUGAUCCCUUAUGUUCAGCAGAGGCAGGAAAAAUUGCAUUGACAACCUAUAUCCUCCUCUACGCCGACGUGGUGGCUUGA